AACUCACUCACUCACUCUCUUCGCCUCUGCUUUUUUCUUUCAUCACUUAAAAAGCUCCGAAAGAUCGAAGAAGAAGAAGAAGAAGAAGCAUCAAUGGGCUGUGUAUCAUCAAAACUCUACCGGAAGGAUCUUCAGAGGGACAUCAUCGUCAACAAUGGAGGCGAGUAUCUCAACCACGUCGUCUCUCUCACAUCCAGCACUUACGGCGUUCUCAAUCUCGACGCCGAUCAGAAAUCGAAGGAGUUAGUUUUAGAGACGACGAAGAAGUCGCCGCCUCGGGAAGAACCAGAAGUGAUUAACGCUUGGGAGUUAAUGGACGGCUUAGAAGAAGGAAUUCCGAUUGCAAAUCGGGGCAAAAAAAGCCCUAAAACCAGAGUUUUUCUUCGCGGGUUGGCUGAUUUCGAUCGAAGAAGUCCGUUGAAGUUCUUUAAUCAAAUAGGCACUCCGAAGAAGGCGAUGAAGUCCGGCGGUAAGGAGAAUCGUGGCCGAGUGAAUGGCGUUGGACGAUUGGAUUACAGUCCGAAAGAGAUUCUGAAAGUGAACAACUCGUCGAAAGUUUCCCCCAAGUCUGCCCUGAAAUUGACCGUUCCAGUGAAGAGUACACCCAUUUCCGCGAGAAGGCAGAGUUUUGGAAGCGAUUCGGGGCUUUUAUCGGCUCGAAGAAGGAGUUUGAGUCCAUUGUUCGAUCCAGAGCUCGUAGCAUCUUACGAGAGACAAUUAACCGAAGAAGGAGAACAAAUCAAGAGAAUAGUUUCAGAGACGCCGAAGUCUAAGGCAGCGAGACAUUUUCAAGAAUCAGAAACCGCUUUAAAACAUUUCGAGGAACUGUGUCCUCCCGGUGGCGAAACUUCCGUCGUGAUCUACACGACGACGCUUCGAGGAAUCAGAAAGACAUUCGAAGACUGCAACAAGGUUCGAUCAAUCGUCGAAUCCUACGGCAUUCACGUGGUGGAGCGAGACGUGUCGAUGGAUUCCGGUUUCAAAGAGGAUUUGAGGGCAUUAAUGGGGAGCAAGGAGGUGAAAGUUCCGGCGUUGUUUGUGAAGGGGAGGCUGAUCGGAGGGGCAGCGGAGGUGUUGAAAAUGGAGGAGGAGGGGAAAUUGGGGGUUCUGUUUGAGGGGAUUCCGACGGCGGCCGGCAGUGGGUGUGAAGGAUGCGGGGGCAUGAGAUUUGUAAUGUGUUUGGAUUGCAAUGGAAGCUGUAAGGUUUUGGAUCAAACGAAGAAGAAGACGACUAAAUGUGGUGAGUGCAAUGAAAAUGGGUUGAUUCGGUGUCCUAUUUGUUCUUGAAAUUUCAAUUCGGGGAGGAAAAAAAAGGAUUUCCCUUUUUAUUCUAUUUUAUUUUAGUUUAAUUUUAGCAUUGAUAGAAAUGGGUUUUAAAGUUAGUUUUAGGACCUGACAACCUGUGUGUGUUUUUGUGUGGGUUUGAUUUGUUUGUAUUAAUAUUUGAUGAUGUGUACUAUUAGUGAAACUAAUUCAUCCUAACACGAUGAUUUAUUAAUGAUUUUUAAUAUUGUUUUUAAAGAAGAUUUUUAUAUUCUUUUAA